AUGGCAGACAGCGAGUGUACCUUUAUCGCUGCCUUCUUCUGCGACCGGGUGCGCGACCAUUUUAGCGUGGUGCCGGCGGCGCUGGCCGGCGUCGGCGCCGUGGUGCGCCUGCGCCACUUGCCGGCCGAACCGCUCUGCCGGCUCGUGCAGAGCCUCUACAAGGAGGUGCACGCCCAGAGCCUGGUGCUGGCCGAGCGGCGCUGCGUGUUCGCCGCGCUGCGCCACGUGCUGGAGGCGCGCGCGGACGACGUGCGCGUGUUGGGCGCCGACCUGGUGCUGGGCUGCGUGCAGUCAAUGGAGGGCGAGAAGGACCCACGCAACUUGCUGACCGUGUUCGCCGCCGUGCGCCUGCUGGUAGCGGCCGUGCCCCUCGAGCCGCUGGCCGAAGAGCUGUUCGAGAUGCUGGCCUGCUACUUUCCGGUGGACUUCACGCCGCCAGAGGGGAGCGCGCACGGCGUGACGCGCCAGAUGCUGGCCGACGCGCUGGCCGACGUGAUGGCGUGCAGCGGCCAGUUCGCCGAGUUCUGCGUUCCACUGGCGCUGGAGAAGCUUAACUCGGAUCUGACGCAGGCCAAGCUGGACGCGGCGGACCUGCUGGUGCUCUGCUGCCGCACCUACACAGGCGCCGAGCUGACGCCGCACCUGGUGCCGCUGCGGCUGGCGCUGGCGCGCGAGGCGCUGGCGGCGCGUCAGCAGGAGGAGUUCGUGCGCCCGCUGUUGGAGCGGCUGAACGGCGACGACGGGGCCGAGCCUGCGGCGCUGACAGAGCGCCGUCUGGCGGCGGUGGCGGCCGGCGUGGCGGAGGUGGAUGCUGUGCGCGCGGCCGUGCCGCUGCUGCUGGUGCGGCUGGUGCGCGUCAGUCGCGCGGACGUCGCGGCCACCGUGCGCACGCUGGCCGCCGUACAGGAGGUGGUAGCGCGCGCUGCUGGUCAGCCAGACGUCGCCGACUACCUGCUGACCGAGCUCCGCCUGCCCGAGAAGGUGCUGGAGCUGUUCGGCGCGGCGGCGCGUGAGGUGGUGUUCGACCCGCUGCGGCCGCAGGACAUCUUGGCCGUGAUGCUGACCAAGCUGGCGCUGAGGAAGCCGCACGCGCUGACGGCGGCGCGCGCCGCCAAGACCCUUGCCGUCAUCGUGAACAAGCAGGCGCCCACCGAGACGGACCAUCUUCUCAAGACUCUCACGAACCAGCUGGAGUUCCUGUUCGAGAACUGUGAGCCGCCGGACGCCGGCGCGCGCCGGCCGCUGGUGUCGCUGUGGGGCGCCAUCGCCAAGGGUCUCGUGCUGCGCGGCCACGGCCAGGCGGCCUACUUCGUGGACCGUCUGGACGAGCUGCUGACGGCCGAGAACCACUGCGUGGUCCGUCUGCUGCACCGCCAGUGGCUCUUCACCGUCACCUGCGAGCGCCUGGCGCGCGGCUUCCGCGAGGGCGUGUCGGCCCGGCUGGAGACGCGCGCCGGGGCGCUGCGCUGCCUGGGCGCGCUGGCCCGGCUCAAACCGCACGUAUUGCUGCCGCUCAAGCCGCAGGUGCUGCGCGAACUGGCAGCCUGCCUCGACGACAAAAAGCGAAUCGUGCGUCAACAAGCGGUGGAGGCGAGGAAUCUCUGGUUUCUUUUGGGCGCGCCAGGUGGCUUGAAGUAGCCGCUGAUGCGCGUAUGAAAGCGUCAGGGUAGUUUGGCUACUACAGUUGCGUGGUGCGCUGCAGCGGAGAUUGGUGUGAGGGGCGCCUUUUGUACGUUGUGAUAACUUGAUUGCGAGCUUGUUCCCCUCGCGGUAUUAUUCAGCAGGUUCAUACGUUGUCGUAUUACUUUGCUAUUGUAGCAGCGGAGCAUGAAUAUAUGAACCAGACAUGGCAUGUUAAGCGUAAGAACGUUGUUUUGUUUAAGCGGGGAGGGCUUGCUCAAGGUACACUUAAAGAACUUUAACCUGGAAGCGAUCCGGGUGACCGCAUCGGGGUUAAGGAUGGA